CCACAAGCUUGCUGGGCUCCACAGGGAAAUACCCUUCCCUUCUGAGGUUCCCUUUGCAGCAGCCUGCAUGGUUGCUCAGCAGCAGCAGCAGGAGCGGGGGUGGAAGGCAGAAUGUUUAGCUGGUUUCCUUGGAAACAGCACCCGGUCGAAGGGAAGCAGUUAUGCUGGAUACACAGCGGAGCGAGUGCGAGCGGACGGCGGAGCCUUGACUUUUACUAUGGCGGAAAGCAAGCAAGCGAGGAGCCUGACUCAUCUUUUAGAUGGCUUGGAAAAGGCUCACAGAGCCGAUGUUCAACUUUACACCUCAGGGCACUUAAACCAUAACAAUCUUUGUAAGCCCCGAGAGAAUGUAAAACCGGGAUAUUGGGACAGUGCCAAGAAACCAGCAAGUUUCAUGACAGAAAGAAAGCAACUCCCAGCUCAAAAUAUAUGCAAGGAGACAGCCAAGAAGAUGAAAAAUAGUUUGACUGAUUUCACCCCCAGCACCACACAGGUUCCAGUACUUGCCAAAUCUGCCUUUUCUAUCUAUAGACACUCUCAGGCACUCAUGGCCAGUGUUGAUCACCCAGUGAAUGGCCCAUUAACUUCUACUCCUUUGGAAAAGCAGCUGAAAGAGCUUAAAAAGAAAAUAGAGGAGGAAACGGACAAACUCAAAAAGCCACUUAGAAGAGAAGAGUUAGAUGUGCCAGAGAUGAAGGUGUUGAAGUACAAGCCAGUUAAGAACAGCCGACGUUGUGCUGCUGAAGUUACUAAGGAUGAGUACCAGUUUAUGCCUUCAUAUUUGGCUGGAGUGACUAAAACUGAUCAGUUUAACAAGUUUUUACAUUUUCAGAGGGAUUUCAUUGCCAAGCACGAUCUGCUAGAGAAUGACAUCACUGGGAGCAAAGCAUCAGAGCGGCAUGAAAGGAAGUUGGCUCAGGAGCUCCAGAAGAUCUGUGAUUGUAACCGUCCCCAUUUCAAACGGUUGCAGGUCUUUGGGGAUGUGUUUGAAGAUAUUUGCAACAGCUCUUUGAUAUUUGGUGAUAUUCUGAAGGAAGUUAAAAAUGAAUAUGAGCUCUACAUGGUGAUACUUCUGGAUUCUCUGCCUACAACACAAUACCAGACACUGAUGGCUCAGGUGAAAGGUAUGGGGAAAAGACCCGUGAAGACACAAGAAAUAGAAGCGAUCAGGCGAGAAGUACAGACCCUUGUGAAAAAAGCCAAAAGUGUCUUGGAGAGAAAUGAAGAACUCAGAAAUGAAUUAGAAAUUCAGCUGUGGGUGAGCCAGUCUCCUGAGAGUAAAACUGUUCCAGAGACCUCCGGUGACCAUGCUAUGAAACUGCCUGAAGAGAAACAUCUCUCCUUCGCUGAACAGAUUGAAUCUAUGAGGUGCCAAGUUCUCGCUAAGUGGGAGGAAAUGCAAGCGAUAGAGAAAGAGAUUCGAGAAACCAUGACUCAUGCUGGGAUGGCAAAUACUGUAGAGAAGACGGUUAAAGACAUAGAGGCGGAAGCUCUCAAACUCAACUCAGCCAACAGCUUCCUUCAACACCAAAUCAAAGAAGUUCAAUACAACAUCACAGACAUCUUAAAUAAACAGAAGGUCACCCAGGAAAGUCAGAGAAAGUUGUGGGAGAGGCUGAAGACAUUCUUGUCACCUGAAGAUAAUGAACCAACUUCAGACAAUUCAGAAGAACGCUUAGGAAGAUAAAUCGUAGAUGCCUUGGUUGUAUACUUGACACCUUGAAACCAUGCAAAUGAAAUCCAAAUAUGAAAAAACUGAUGUUGAGUCUCAGAAUUAAGUAUAAUAAUGCAAUGUCAGAAAUAGAAAUAGAUACCAUUUUUUUACACAAAUUAUCAUGGUUUGGUAUUCUGUAUAUUUAUAGAGAGAUUACUAUAUACGAUCUAGAAAAUGCCCUGCAUUAGUAAUAGCAAUCGUUUAAGUAGCUGUGCCUUUUCCAUGCAGCUUUCAAUAGAAGCUGCCCUCGCUUAGUCAUGGAACUUUAUUAUGCAAGUGGCAGAGGUUAUUUAUUAAACUCCCAGGAUGGAACUCACAACUAAAAGCUAUUCAAGUAAAUGAAAGCUGCAGCUUCUCAAUAAGAUCUAUUUAUAUCAUUGUGUGCAAAGACUUUCUUGCCAGUAGUGCAUACAGGACUUGAUUUGGUCUGGUAUACAGUGGUAUGGCAUACCGGCACAUCUCCUGGAAACCUUCUUGUUCUACAGAAUCUCAGCUUCCAUUUUAGAAAAAUAAACCUCUAGCUGUUACUGUUGCAAAAAACAAAACAAAACAGAAAAACAAACCCUUGAAAACACAAACCAAGUAUAUGUGAAGCAGCAAUGUCUGCCUGAAUUUGCAGAGUGCCUGAAAAGAUAGCUCAGAAGUGUGUAUUGCCCCAUUCAUCU